AUGCGUCGUGUGUUGCUGCGCACCCAUGGGAGCCGGCGUGCCAUCACCAUCACCGGCCCUCUGCUGGCGCUGCGGCACCGCGGCGCGUUGCUAACGCCCGUGGACCCAAUUGCUGACUCUGCUUCUUCGUCUGCUGGUGGCGGCGGUGGCAGUGCUGGCAAAAGCGGCCCCCUAUCGGCGUCAACGUCAUACCGCUUCGCCCUCAAGGAUGUUGAGCGCGGUCUGUACGAUCACGGCGUCACUCCCGACGCGCGUGCCGCCAUUGCUGAGGCGGAGGCGCAGUACAAGGCUAGCGCGGACUACCUGCACGCGGUGCCUGGCGGUGUGGGGAUGCCGGAGCUGCGGACCGAUGACGACGGCUCAACGGUCUCAUGCAUUACCGCCCCGCUGGGAGAGGAGUACGUGCCGUCGCACAAGGAGCGCUACGCACUGCGCGGGCACGUUGGAGAGUUGGGCCUGCAGCGCAAAGCGGAGCCCAAGUAUCUGCUGAGUGCGCAGGCCGAGUUGAACCUCCGAAAGGAGCGGCAGUUGCGUGAGUUGCUCUCGUCGCCGAUGCCGCUCUUAGAGAAGGCGUCUGAGACAGAGCGGAUGCUGCAUGACUUCUACGCGCAGCGCAUGGCGGUCUCCUCCCGCAACGUGGAGGCCAUUGCCGCCAUGUGGGCACACUGCAGCCUUGAACAGCGACUCUCUGGUAGUGCGAUGCCGUCACAACUUGCUGGCGGGUCGUCCUCGUCGGACAUCUCUCCAACGGCCGCUGCGUCAGACGCGGUGCCGUUUCUGGCUGCGAUGCGGCGACUGUACUUCCACGCACGACAGACGCACGUGGCCCCAACACCCUUAGUCUUGGAGUACUUGAUGACCACACUGAGUGCACUUACUGUGCCAGAUAGCAGUGCCUUUCAUCUCGCAAAUCGUCUUUAUCUCGACGCCGACAAGUAUGUGGUGCUGCCGACACGCACAACCUAUGCUGCGUACUUCACCAUCUGCAACCUGCACAACGCCAUGUCUUUUGCACUUGCGCGGUUUAACGAUGCUGUGGCAAAUCUCCACAUCGGCGUGGAUGCUGCCAUGGCAACUGCACUGCUGAAGGGAUUAAGCCAGAAUGGAUUAGUGGAGGAGGCAGUAGCGCUGCUGGCUCGCCUGCAGCAUAUACCGCUGGAUGUGCAAUUCUUCAACGCCUCGCUCGAAGUGCUGCUGCUGUCGGAGCAGCCGCAGGCGUGCUUCGCGGCAUUUGACGCUCUGCGAUCCUGCCCUGUCGAGCCGACAGCGGAGACGUACACACUUCUCCUCCUCGCAUGUGAGCGUUCGGGAUUGUGGGGGCGCGCGACUGCUAUUCUAGCCGAUAUGCAGAGGCGGCGGGUGAAGGGAGACUCCAAAACUCUUAACUUGCUCUUGAAGGGCCUCCUCACGGAGCGACUGCACAGCUACGCGCGACAACUGUACGAAACGAUGACAGCAAAGAAUGUGGAGGUGUGGCCUGCUCUCGAAGCCCACAUGGGCUUAUCCACCAAGAAGCAGAAGCACCAGCAGCAAAAACAACAAAAACAACAGCGGAAUUUGGCGCCCGCACCUGUUCGUGCGGCCAAAGGAUUUUGA